GAGCUUAUGGAGCAGAAGAACUGUAUAGAUAUGAGGGAUCAUUUGCCAUAUUCAAAGUGAAGACUAAUCUAUCAUUUGAUUCAAUUUCCUUGAGUAAAAUUGUCGGCAACAAGUCUGAAAAUAUUGCAGUGGUGGCUUUUAGGAAGCCCUGUGAUCUCCUGGUCCCUCUCCCAGUCUAUGAAACACGAGUGACCGUAUCCGAGGAUUGCAGAGCAUUAAUUCUCCACUCACUAGAGAAAGGGGAUGCUGGCAGAUACACCGCAGAAACCAUUUCACAAAACAAGACGGUGACGGAAGAGUCCUUUGAUCUGAGGGUUUCUAGAGUUACUAAAAGAGUAUCUCUGAGAGGCAUUGUGGGGGAGUCUGUCACAUUCCAAGUCAAGACUAAUCUAUCAUUUGUAUCAAUUUCCUGGAAUAAAAUUGAUGUUUCCAAGCCUGAAAUUAUUUCUGUGGUGACCUUUGGGAAGCCCUGUGGCCUGCAGGUCCCCCUCCCAGCUUUGGAGACCAGAAUGAAGGUCUCCAAGGACUGCAGAGCAUUGCAACUCAGCCAUCUAGAGCAGGAUGACAGAGGCUUUUAUUAUGCAGAAAUUGCUUUACCAACUGAAGAAGUGGAAUAUCAGCCAUUUGAACUGGAGGUAGAAAGAUAUUUGCAGAAUUCUGAGAUGAGAGUGACCUGCAGUUCUGACGGGGCUGGAAAUGGAACCUGGCAGCUGAAUUGCUCCACAGGGGACUGGAAAGACAGGGUGGAAUUCAGCUGGGAAUCCCCCAUCUACCGGCCUUAUCGUUCCCCCGAUGAUGCUGUGAUCAAAGUCACCUCCCAGGAUCUGAAUGUCAGUGUCACCUGCAGGGCAGAAAAUCUGAUUAGCAAGGCAUCCAAAACGGUCUUCCUAAAGGAUGUUUGUUCUGGACAGACCAAGAACCUCUCAGGGCUGCCUCUCUGGGCCCUGCUGUGCCUUAGUCUAGGGGGAAGUCUCCUUCUUUCUGGCUGCAUGGAACUCAUUCCCAUGGAGAAAUCCAGAAAAGAUGGAGGAGGAGGAAGGCGGGCCCAGCCACACCCUGGAGAUGAUUGACAGAUGACUGAGAUGAGUCUCCCUCCUGCCGCUUCACUUCAUCGUCUUCCUUGGCAGCUUUUAAGAGGAGCCUUUGGGACAAGGGUGCUUCUAUGGACCAGCCAAUCAGAUCUUUUACUAGUGUGGCUAGUGGGAGGGGCCGGAGGGGUGCUCCACCUUGCUUCUCUGCAUCUGCUUUCAUUAGUGCCUUGUCUCCCCCCCCCCAAAGAACACCCCCCUUCAGAUUUGCUUCAUUAUUUAAUAUAUUUGGGAGUUGAAGGGUGAGACUGGGAAGACAGCCAUGAAAUGAGGGAAAGUUGUUUGAAAGCUUCCCAGAAAUCUGUAAACUUUUCAAGUCUGGAUAACUCUUUUUGAUAGAGGUACUACCCUGUUUCUAAUGGAAUGGAGAAACUUGCCAGUGAUGUGUCCUUCCCUCACCCCUCCUGUGUCAUGUUGAGGUCACCCUCUGGCCAGAGGCCACUCACACCACCCCACAAGGGCAAAGGGAGAGGAACACUUCCCCACUUCUACCUGCCUAAUGCAGAAGAUACAAAUCCAACAAUAGAAAACCAUACAACCCACAGCAGAAUGGAAAAUACCAACCUCAUACCAAGGAGUAGAUGGAACUUGGGGAUGCUCCCACUGCAACCCUUCCCCAUCCCAAAUUCUGUCUGGGCCAUCCUCCCAUCCCGGUUGCUUAUGCAGCA